AUGCAAGGACGUUGCGCUGCAUCUGCUCACAAAUCUAGCUCUAGUAGGGCAAAAACCACGGAGCCUACUGCACUCAUGUAUGCUGUCAGAGAGGGCCGCAUUGACACCGUUCGUUUUCUAGCAGAAAAGGAGAGCGGGUAUCUUGAUGAGAAAGGAGACACUGCACUCAUUAUAGCCGCUUGUUCAGGGAACUAUGAUGCUGUUUCCAUCUUAGCACCAUUGGAGGCAGGAAUCCGUGGCUCGGGUAGACAGACAGCCCUCAUGCAUCUGUCGUCUCUGGGGUGCCCUCCCCAUUUGCUUAAGCUACUUAUUCAUGUAGAAGCAGGUCUUACAGAUAACAUGGGAUGGACAGCGCUUAUGUUUGCUGCACUAUGGGGCCACGUGGAAACGAUUUCAUGCCUAGCUGAUCUUGAAGCCGGCAUGCAGGACCAAGAUGGGAUGACGGCUCUUAUGCACGCAACCUCGAAGAGGAGACAUGCUGCUGUCGAAUAUCUGCUAACACACUGCAAGGAAAAGGAGGUGGGCCGACAGAAUAGCUUGGGGAGAACUGCACUCAUGAUUGCCGCUACACUGGAAGGUCCAGAAAGCUACACAAUUGUACAAGCGUUAGCUCCACAGGAAGCAAGAAUGAAAGAUCAAAAUGGGAUGACUGCAUUGAUGUUGGCAAUAAGGUGCAACAUCGAGAGUAACACUGAGAUCUUAGUGUAUCUUGCUCAGUUAGAGGCCGGAAUCCAAGACAAGGACGGGAUGACUGCGCUUAUGCACGCUUGCUUGCGUGGAAAUGGCACAGCUCUUGAGGUGUUAGCAAGGAGUGAGAUAGGAAUCUUGGAUAGGCGUGGGUACUGUGCUCUAAACUACUGCAUAGAAAAUUACAAGGUCACGUUCUACCCCUAUCUCGUCUCAGAACUAGAUGUAAUCUCCAGGCUUAACCCCUACAAACAGCUAUUCAGCAGAAGGACGCUGUUGAUUGACCUUGUCUUUCUUAGCUCACACUACAAGAUUGCAAACCUGAUAAAACGUUGGCUACAUGUCAUUGUCGUAAAGCUUAGUGAUGUGGUCCAUUUCGAUACGACCGUUGAGCCUGCUAUACUGGACUUCUCCAUCUAUGCGUUGAUCGAGCUCUUGCUCAACUAUUACAUAGAUAGCGCACCCAUUACCAUUAACGACCUUUUGCGUAGCUAUGAUGAGCUGUUAGAUACCGUCCUAGAGGCACACUUACACACCGUAUGUAGCGUUUGCCUAGAUUGUUUUGCGUCAGUCAUCCAUCUUCCAUGCCGGCACAUGGCCAUGUGCAGCAAGUGCCACGAGCAAAAUGAACAGUUGAGAGGCAAAUGUGUAAUUUGCAAGUCGAUUGUUAAAGAUUCUAUUGUUCUCUCUCUGCAUAGAUGUGAAUAA